GUUUCUUGUUGGCACUGAUCUUUGUCUCGUUUCAUAUUUUUCUUAUAUUUGUCUUUAAUACUGUUGCACUGCUCUUUCUAGUUUACUCUAGUUAUUUAUAGACAUUAAAUCAUAGAUUCGGGUAUUCUUUGUUUCUUUUAUUCCUUUUUCUGUGUAAAGUACUUUGUGCUACAUGUUGUGUAUGAAAAGUGCAGUAUAAAUAAAAACUGAUUGAUUGAUUGAUUGAUUGAUUAUUUUAUCUUAUUAUCUGUUAUUUGUACCCGGUGUGAAUGUGUAUGUUGUGUGUACUGCUGCUGUUAACAAUUUUUAUUUCCCCACUUAGAGAUGAAUAAAGGAAAAAUCUAAUCUAACCAUUAUGAAAGAUCAGUUUUGUAAUCCCCAACAAGCAAAAGUCAUAAUAUUGAGAUAAAAUGCAAAAAAAAAAGAGAUAUGUGGAUGCGUGCUAAUUCACAGCUUCUGUAAUCUACAACCAUAAUAAAACAUGACCAAAGUUUUCCUCCGUUUUCUACCAAACAGGAUUUAUUUCAGUCCUCUUGAGUACAAAUGAAGUGCUUUCAGAGCUGGACCUCUCUCUGUUUGAACAGCUCAUCCAGCUUCUUCUCCAGGACAGAGUUAGUUCCUCUGAGUCCUCUCACCACCUCUGAGGCCCACACAAAAUACUCCUGAACCCGCUCAGGUGUCCAACCUGCCAAACACACAAACAUGAGAGUGUUUCAGUCAGGUGACAGAUGCAUCUUAAGUUCUGGUUAGUUGCAUAUUUGGAUGAUCUCAAAGAGCUUGGUUAGAGUUACCUCAAAAUAAAGUAUGAAAGUAAAUGAUUCACUCUGAAUUAUGAACUCAAAGACAGGCCGCCUGAAAGACCAAGCUACAGUAAAAGUUCAGAGGUCCUGACCGGUAGGUGUGCAGCGGUUUAGGUCCCUCAGAUUGUACAGUUUAUCAGCCAGUUUGACCAGUUUGGCCUGGUGGCUGCAGUGAGGGGCGUGUUCCACCUGCUGACGUUUCCGUUCCUGUUUGGGGAGACUUUUAUCAUCUGUCACCUCCUGAACGAUUCCAGCCACAACCGACCCAAACUUUUCUUCCAGCUCAGCAGGAGAGGUGUCCGUGUCCUCCACCGUGUCGUGAAGCAGAGCAGCCUGAAAGACAAAUAUCAGGUUAAUUAAAUAUGAAUCUUAAUCAUGUGGCCCUUAAAAAGAAAAAAAAGGUGACUGAGUGCUCAAAGAACCACAAAAAGAAGACAAAAAAACAACAACAGAGGAAAAUUAUGACAUGCCCCAUUGAUAUCUGCUCUACUGACAACAUACCUGCAAAACCUGGAUGUCUGUCACGCCACCUUCAUGGCUAAGAAUUCUUGCUACUCCUAAAAAAAACAAAAACACACAACGAGGAAAUUAAACAAGAACAACAAGGUUAUAGAUAAUGAAGGGCAGAUAAAAGCUUCAGUCACAGUCAGAGAAGGGUUUCAUAAGUCAGUAUACUGCCAGUAUACUAUCAGUCCUUUGUGAUACUUCCUGAAAACAACACAUUUCAAAAUGCAUGGUUAUAUUUAAAAUACUGUCAUGAAUCUGGUGCAAUAAAAAUAUUUUAUCUCCAUUUUCUGAUUUUUAUUUAUUUAUUUAUCUAUUUUUGUAAUUCCAUGUUAUUAUCUUUGUUUUGAUACAACUUCACUUAUCCUUUUGAGAAGUUUCCCUCAAGGAAAUCGAAAUGGUAUUUCAUGGUCUUUUAUGUUUGUCUGUGAAAAUCAACAUGAGGCUUCUGUUAAACUUCCGUGUGCCCUGAAUGCAACAAUGAGAGCCUCAGUCACAUGACUCAAGUGUUAUUUUUAGUUUGUAUUUUAUGCUUUAUUCAGAGUUAACAAAAUUACAAUUCAAGAAUCAGUUCAAUACAGUAAUUUCAAUAUUGAAAUAACCUAUCUGAGAAAUACUUAACAAUAUGGGAAAGCGACAUGUUUAGACAGGGAAGAAAAAAAAACAGUAGGGCAAUAAAUAAAGUAGAAAGUGAAGAACAACAAGCAAACAGAAACAUAAAAGUAACUUAAAAUAAAUAAAAUAAUUUAUGCAAACAUUUUUAGCUGUUCAAAUUCUUUAAGUUAUCAUAUAAGUUUUUUUCCGUCAAACCAGUUAACGUUUUAAGACAUUUCAAAUACAUUUUAAAUUCGUUUAUGAAGACAAUAAAAAUGGGGGAUGAUCUCAUGACUUUAUUCUUAUCGAUGAAAUAUUUGGAUGGACAUAAGAUAACAUUGCAAAAGAGCUCAUCAUUUUUAUUUGAUAGUAUUAUUCCAAAAGUAACAUUAUCUAGAGAAAUACAUUGAGGGAAUACUGUAAUUUUGUUUAAUCCAUUUGUGAAUGUUAACCCAGAAAGUUUGUGUUAUGUUACAUGAGAAAAAUAUAUGGUCUAUUGUUUCAGUUUAAUUUUCACAAAAAGUGCACAUGUUGUCUUUUAUAUUAAAUCGCUGUCUGAGUAGUUUCUUUGAGGGAAGGAUGUUGUUCAUCAUUUUAUAGUGGGUUUCUUUUGUUUUGGGGGGUAUCUGGAAUUUCAGAAACACUGAUCGUAGUUUGUUGGUUGAUUCUUGAUCAAAUUUAUGUAACUUAUCAUUUUUGUUUUGUCUACCAGGGAAUAACUUUACUGUGGGGCAGCUUCGACUUUAGUGUUAAUAAUGGGAACAGAUGAAAAUAACCUAAAAAAACAUUGACAUACUCGCAGAUAAACUUUGGUUUCAAACUACUAGGUUAUAUUACAAGGUUGUAUAAAAAUAUUAAUAUUUCACAACACGAUAAGAGUGAAGGACGAUUUUAAAUCAGUGCUGUAGACUUAUUUUGGUUUAUUAAUACUUUUGACCUGUUUAUUCAGAAUGAAUCUGAUUUUCUGGUUAAAUAAUAAACACCUGCCAACACAAACACUUCAGAAAUCAGCUGUUGACACUAUGAUAGGACAAAAACUAUUGUGAAAUUUGUUAAACAUCGAAAUUUUAUGAUUUUUCUUUCAUUAUUAAACCCCAGAAAGCUUGAUCUAUUCACCCCCGAAAACAAAUAAGAACCAAACACUUGUUCAGUGCGAGUUUUCCUUUCACUUCUGCAGUCCGGCAGUUUUACGAGCCGCACCUGAAAGCAUCAAAUCAGAGUAAAAAGACUCGAACGUACCGAUGGGAUGGUUAAUAUACGGCGUUUUAUCGGGGUCUUUGCGUCUUUGGUUACGAUGUUUCUCUGCAGCAAAAUUAACCGUCUCCAACAACAGAACUGCGUCCGAACUCAUGAUGCCAAACUUCACCGACACCCGCGUCUGUUUACACCAUUCACUACCUGGAGUGGUGCGCUACUUUUAGUGUCCGGGGGGGAACAUCUGUCAGUGAGAUAUAUUCCGCCCACUUAGCUACGGAAGCAGGCAGUUCCUAAAGCAAAUUGAACCCGUGUUUCCUAAUGAUUUUGUAGAAACUCAUAGUUAUAUCACCGUCUGAUAUUGGAGACUCUUUUAAAAUGAGGUUUUAACCAAUGUCAUCUUCCUGAAGCGUCUGUAAGCCUUAAAGAUUGGCUCUAUAUUGAGGGUGUGUUUUUAGCCUGAAAGCUAACCCAGCUGCUGGAUUAACUGUAAAACAGAUUUGUCCUCUUCUCUGCUUCUUUGGGAUGUUUUUGCUCCUCUGGCAGUAAAAAAAGUUAUAUAUUUCUACAGUUGUUAUUGCAGAAGUAUCUUAAAUUCGGUGCAGGGAGUUGUCUCGGUCGUGUUUGUCUCGGUCGUGUUUGUCCAGGAUGGCUCACAGUAUCAGGAGAGACUCCCCGGAGCUCCCGGACUUCUCUCUGCUGAAGAGGCUGGCCAGAGACCAGCUCAUCUACCUGCUGGAACAGGUGAGAACGUUUUUACCUGCCUGAAUUUGGCUCGGUCUACUGCCAUUUAGUUUCAUCUGUGGACGUGUGUCUGCCGUAUAAAAGCUUAAAACCUGUAUUUUUGGACCAUAAACUGAACAGUCUGCUGUGGAGAACCUAAACUUCAGACUUUAUCAUGUUUUUAAUAAUCAAAUUAAUGAAAAGACUGAAGCAGCUGUUAUCACACAGGUGUUCCGCCUCUGACCACACCCCUAACAUGACGUGACAGCAGGUAAAAUAUGAUUAAUUCAAGGACAGGAGUCUGAUUUCUCAGUUUUAUAAAGCCACAAGUUUCAUCUUCUGAGUUUGAGCCCAUAGGGCUGGACGAUAUGGGAAAAAGUUUGUCACAAUAUACUUUUUAUUCAGUCAAUCAUUCAGUCUUUAUUUAUGUCGCAAUUUUCAUACACAGCAUGUAGCACAAAGUGCUUCACACAGAAAAAGGAAUCAAAGAAAAAAGAAUACAUAAAUCUACCCUAGGCCAACCCCUCAUUCCCACCCCACAAUCUAAUUACAACAGAAACAGAAUUAAAACGCAUAAACUUAAAAAGGGCUUGAUUUCAUGGAAACAGGAGUGUGUGCACUGAGGAAACGUCAUUUUAAAACUCAAGAUAAGGAAACACUGUAGGUUUAUGUUAAAAUCUAAAAAGAAGAUCAUAUGGAUAAGAAGGGCCAAAGCCAUUAAGAGCUUUAAAAACCAAUAAAACAACCUUAAAAUCGAUUCUAAAAGAGACGGGUCGCCAAUGCAGAGACCUUAAAAUCGGUGUAAUGUGAUCUCUGUUUCUGGUCCUUGUUAACAUCCGUGCAGCUGAAUAAUUAUUUUUCAUAUCAGUCGAUAUGGAUAUAUAUCCCACUAUAAAAAAAUCACUCGUCAAUCUUAAAUGUUCCCUGUUUCUCUUAAAUGAAAUUUAACAGUGUUUAUUGGUGGCAUUUCUUUUGCAAUACAUUAAAUUACUGCAUCUGUGAGGUCUCUGUGUCAUUCAUUCAUUCAUUCAUUUAUUCAUUCAUUCAUUCAUUCAUUCAUUCAUUCAUUUAUGUUCAUUGGCUGUUCAUAUUGUCUAUCAAAACAUGGCAGAAUGCCGACUAUCAAAAAGCAUAUUGAUCAUGUUUUAUACUGAUAUUGAGGGAAAUUAAUUUUUGAUAUAUAUGUCGUUAUCGUUUUAUCGCCCAGCUCUAAUUGGAAGGUUAUAAAAUGGUAAUAAAUGAAAAGUAGUAGCGUGUCACCAGUUUGAAGUAUUUCCAUUCAUUUGUAUUAUUUGAUUAUUUUGCUGUGGGUUGUUGUUUUGUUUUAUGUUACUGCAGAGUAAUGUUUGAUAUCAUAGGCGUAGUUAUCAAUAAACUGACCGUUUAUUUUGAUAGCUUGUCAGUUUUACUCUGGGUGUGUGUAAAUAGAUGGGAAGGUGGAUUGAAGAGCACUCAGGUUGUUUGUAGAGACCUGUUUUUCUUGACUAAUUACUGAUUUAACUCCUCCUUCUCUGUUGUGGCCGCUUGAUUUUAUGUAACUUCUGCCAAUUCACUUAAACCUGCCAAUGACUGUUUUCCACCUGCUGAAGUGUCUUUGGCAGGAUACCUGACCCCCACCUGCUCCUUAAGAGGAUUAGUCAAAGACUGAUUGGCUCUUUACAAAGCAGCCUCUGCCAUCGGUGUGUGAAUGAGUGAAUGUGACCUGUGAGUAGUCAGAAGAGUGGAGGAUGAGCUGUUUAAACACCAUCAGCCCUUUUACUGUAAUCAGAGGAGACUGAAGAAAUGUUUUCUUUAAGUGGAGAAAUGUGUAACUCUCAUAGACACAAAGUAAAGACAGUUUUUACUCUGCAGGGCUCACGCAGGUCAGAGAUGUUUCAAGCAGAUUUGAUCUUCAUCAGACUGUAGUAACAUAUUUAUUAUACAGAUAUUAAUUAUUAUUGCUGAACGUGUCAUUUAAGUGUUACAACAGAGAGACGAUUUCACUCGCAUGAUUUCAUUUGUUACCUUUUGUUUUAUGUGCAGAUACAAACGUUUGCUGUGACUUCUAUGAGACCGAUGUAGUAAUCAUAAUCUGUAAUUCUCUGGUCUGAAUAAAAGAUAUUUGAGUGUUAACAUAGGAGUGCAUCUCAGUCAGACGGCUGUUUGAAGUCCCUGGAUAUUCACAGUUGUUUGGAUAAAGGAAAUUUAAUGACUCAGAGUGUCUUUGCUACAAACGGCUGAAAAAAAAUCCUGAAUGAUCACAAUCCUGUUUCAGCAAAACCACAAUUAUCUUUUUAAUUUUAACGUGCUCCCAUCUUGUUUUCUGUCGUCACACAGCUGCCAGGGAAGAAGGAUCUCUUCAUUGAGGCGGACUUGAUGAGUCCGCUGGACCGUAUCGCCAAUGUUUCAACGUUAAAGGUAAAGUUCCUCAGGUCCCGCUCUCCGGACUCCUGAGUUUGACAAAAAUGUGUUUUUAAAAAUCUUCUUUAUUUUUUAACAGCAACACGAAGUCGAUAAACUCUACAAAGUGGAAUACAAACCUAUAAUCAGCACAGCAGACCAGUGAGCGCUGCGCCCUUCAGAACAUUAACACACAUUCACACUUAUAUAUUUAUAUAUAUGAUCAUGUGCUUUUACUCUCCUGCAGGCUCUGUUUCCUGAUCCGGCCCAGAAUAAAAACAGUGAAGUGGAUUUGUGGUGAGUUGAGCUUCAUGUUUUCAGUUUCAGUUCAGUUUGUUUUGCAGCAGUUGAUAAACUGUCUCUCUUUUGUUCCAGAUGUGGCCAACGCCGACAAAGCUGCAGGAAAACUCCGAAGAUACAAGAUCAUCUUUACGCCUCAGAAGGUGAGACUCGCUCUGCUGCUGUUUCUGCUUUAAUUCGAUCGUUUCUUCAUAUCCACCUGCUCUCCUCUCUGUGUGGUUCAGUUCUACGCCUGUGAGGCGGUGCUGGAGGAGCAGGGCAUUAUUGGCGGUGAGUAUCUUUUCUUUCCUCCUUUUAUGUUGGUGACAGAGAUCACAGUUUUUUUUAAAGGACCUGUUUUUAUCUCUCCACAGACGUGACCACCGAUGAAUGGUCUUUCUACCUUCUUCCUCUGGACGACGAUAUCAUCAGUCUGGAGCUGCCCGAGUUCUUCAGAGACAAUUUCCUGGUAAAGAAUCAACCCAGAGUCUUUCACAUGUUUUUAGAAAGUUGGUGAACAGAGAGCAGAGUACCAAGACGGGAAAAAGGGACACAGUUUCCUUCUGCAAUCGUGAAUGUUUUUGGGUUGUUAGAGCUUCAUAUGAUGACGUGUUUACAGAAGAGUAACCAGAGAGAAAUGAAAUGAGAAAGUGGAUGAGAUUAUCAGUGAGCCCCGGAACAGAAACUUCCAAACAAUAAUAAACACGAAGGGUUUCACAUCUAACUUAUGUAGUCCUGAAGAUCUUCCUGUAACAUAAAUAUCGAUGACCACAAGCAGGAAUCAAAACACCAAAAACAUAUUUAUCUGCAGACCUGACCUGACAGUCUUCCCCUCAUAGAAACAAUGUUGUGAACUGCUGAGUUUGAACCCUUCUUCUUUUCUCCAUCACCUCUCAGGCCGGGGAUCAGCGGUGGGUGAGGACGGCCGGCAGCGCUCUUCACCUCCUCCACUCUCUCUACGGCCCGUUCUCAAAGAUCUACGGGAUCGGACGAUGUUCAAAGGUGGCGCUCUCAGACCCGCCGCCUCAGCUGUCCUCGGUUUGUAACUGAGCACAUGUUGAAGUAUUGAGCUGUGUCCGUGUCUUUGGUUUCAGAUGGCGUACGAGUCGUGGAGGGAGCAGGUGGAGGAGGGCGAGCAGAGAGCUCGUCAGGCUGAAAUAGGAAAAGUUUUUCUAAUCGACAGAGGUGGGCAGCAGACGGGGAAUCUUCAGUGAUACUGAGCCGUGGUUUCUCUUCCCUCCUGACGUUGUCUCUGUCUCUGCAGAUGUGGACUUUGUCACCCCUCUGUGCUCACAGGUCGUCUACGAAGGACUCGUGGACGAUAUAUUUAGAAUAAAAUGUGGUGAGUACGGGAGAAUCAGCAGAGAGUUUACCGUCCAAUAAAAAGUGCUGGAGGAUGAAGCUUCAGUUUGUUUUCACGUGUUUCUAUAAUGAAGAAAAUGUGUUGAUCUCAGACUUUUAUAAUGACAGUGUAGUUGCAGACUUUUGCAUGUUAACGCCUGGUCGUCUCCUCUCUUCUGCAGGAUGUGUGGAGUUUGGACCUGAUGUUACCUCCUCAGACAAAAGUAUCAAAGUCAUGCUGAACUCUCAGGACAGGGUGGGUUGUUUCUCCUCUGAUGCUGCUCUCUCCUCACGAUCAUCAUUUUAAACUCUCUCUCUCUCUUUCAGGUCUUUAAUGAAAUCAGAAAUGAGCAUUUCUCCAACGUCUUCGGCUUCCUCAGUCAGAAGGCGAGGAAUCUCCAGACAGCGUACGAUGUGAGUGAGUGUUUGAUACUCCGUGUUCGCGGUUUCGGAGGUUACAGAUGUCGUUAACACGUUUCUCUUUUUAUGAAUCCCACAGAAACGGCGAGGGAUGGACAUAAAGCAGAUGAAGACGUUUGUGUCCGAGGAACUGAAAGGGUUAAAACAGGAACAUCGACUGCUCAGUUUACGUGAGUUUGGUGACAUAAAUCAGACUCACUGUUCAGGAUUUAGGGUUUUAUUCCAAGGUUUCUAAGGAGCUCUCUCUCUCUCUCUCUCUGUCUCUGUCUCUCUCUCUGUCAGACAUCGGUGCCAGUGAAUCGAUAAUGAAGAAGAAAACAAAGCAGGACUUCCAGGAGCUUCUGAAGACUGAACACUGUAAUAAUUCUUGAUUUCUGCUUCGAUAAAUCUGUGUUAUUUUUGUUUCAUGCUAGUUUGGUGAUUUUUUUUUUGCUGAUCCGUUGUUUUUCUUUUGUUUCUUUUCCAGCUUUACUCGAAGGAUUCGAGAUCCGUGAAUGCAUUUCUUUCAUAGAGGAGCACAUCAACAGACAGGCGAGUUCAGGUUAACACUCUUAUAAUGAGCAGCUCUGAAAAAAGCAACAACAUCGUGAACGUGUUUCUGCUCUCUUUAGGUGUCCAUGAUCGAGAGUCUGAGGCUACUUUGUCUUUUGUCCAUCACAGAAAAUGGUAAGAAGUCACUUUAAUAGACACGGUUGUAUAAUUCUCUCUGUUUAACUGUAAUGUUGUUGUUUUUUUUCCUCACAGGCCUCCUGCCAAAAGAUUAUCGGUCAUUCAAAGCUCAAUAUCUACAGGUGAGAGUUCAUAUUUAACUUUUUUGUACACACUUGUUUCCAUAAAUAAACAUUUAGACUAAGAUUACGGCCGACUGAGUCUUUAAAACUAUAUUUUAAAACAGUUUUCGGAUCAAGUAUUAAAAUUAAGACAUUGAAAAAAUACAGAAACUUCACUUUCCCUUUCAUGACUCUUUGCUUGUUUCCAUUAAAAUUGUUUCCCAGGUGUAAAUCUGUUGAUGAAAUGACAUUUAUAUCUCAGUAUAUUAGCUACAAAUCCUAUUAUUCAGUGAAGAUCUCUCUGUCUCCUCAGAGUUAUGGAGUGGAUCACCUGCUCACAUUUGCCAACCUGAGGCAGCUGGGUCUGCUGGUGGAGCAGCAGCCGGGAGAGACGCUGACAGUUAUGGAGAGCAAAGUGGGCAAACUGGUCAACGACAAGACUGCAGGUGAAAUCUCGUAUCCUGAGAUUUGAUUUUGUGAUUUCCAAAGACGUCAGAUUUUUAACUGUCUUUUUUUUUCUUCCAGGGAAGCUGACUGAUGCGUUUUCUUCUCUGGCAAAGAAGAGCAAUUUCAGAGCUCUGAGCAGAAGGCUUAACCUGGUAAUUUAUACUUUUCACUUCGAUCCAAGAGGCUUUUUCAGCAUCUCGCUGAGGCUGUUAUUGAUUUAUGUGCAGGUGCCAAAGUCAGACGAAGAAUACGACCUGCGUGUCCCUCGAGACAUGGCUUAUAUUUUCAGCGGUGCCUACGUCCCUCUGAGCUGCAAACUCAUCGAGCAGGUGAGGAAACUGCUCAUGGUCAGAUGAUCCACAUGGAUCAGAAACUGUAUGACAAACUACCAAUCUGAAAUCAUCACUCCGGCUCUGAUCCUCUGUAGGUGCUGGAGCGAGACGGAUGGACGGGACUCGAGGAAGUCACCAGGCUGCUAAAUGGGCAUGAAUUCGCUGUUACAGGUUCGAUAAAACAAAACAAAUGAAUGAUUUUAAGAUGUUAAGUCCAUGAAGUAUUCACACGUACUUCAUUCUCAGGGUUUCUCUGUAGGACUUUCUAAAGCUUUUAUUGUCCUGGAGGAGAACCGUCUCUCUGCUGUGUGUGAUAAUGUGUUUCUUAUUGACCUUUUACUAUUUAAGUAUCAUGAAAAAAGCCUCAGGCAGAAGUACUGCGAUCGCAGAGUGAUAGGAUGAAACUAAAGUGAUUUAUGAUGACUUUCACUUGGGUUGAUGACACCAAAUUGCAUGCAGUACUGAGCAUGGUCUGCAGUUUACCUGCAUUUAAACACACAAACUGUUCAAACCUCAAACAUAAAAACACAUCCUUGCGUUUGGAUUUUGUUGAAUGCUUAAGUUGUCGUCCCUCUUCAGGAAGCAACGGAGUUGAUUUAAGAGGCAAAGGCGAUGCUCAGCGCAUCAUCCUCGUCAUGUUCCUGGGCGGCUGCACCUUCUCUGAGAUUUCAGCUUUACGGUUCCUCGGCAGAGAGAAAGGUAAACACGGUCUGACCUCUGAUCAGAGGUUUGAAGAAGCAGUUUCAUGAAAUCUUUCCACAAAAAUCAUUUGGAAAAACUUUUACAUGUGUAAGAAAAUUUAUGAAAAAUCUGCCCAAUGUACCGUGCAAAAAGGACCUGAAAGUAGGUUAAAGUUUACGUUUGUUCUCUUUGUUUUAGGGUAUAAAUUCAUCGUGGUAACAACCGCCAUUACAAGUAGUUCAAGGCUCAUCGAGGCUCUGCUGGACAACCAAGUAUGAAGCCUGUCAGCCCCUCAUGUUGGACAAGAACAGAGACAUUCCUGCAGACACAUGUCAUGCAUUCCCUACAGCGCUGACAUUACUACAGAUGAAAUGUUCCCGAACGGUCUGUGGCUGACACUAAAUGAAAUGUAAAGAUGUAUAAAGUGAAUAAAUGUUUUUAUCACAA